AUAUAUACUGGGGUGGAUCAAUAUUUUUUAUGCAAUAUGAAGUAUAUUUUAUUAAUGCAAUAUGAAGUAUAUUUUAUAAUUCAAAUCUGAUGAAUGUGUUCGUGUAAUACCUUUCAUGAUUAACUUCAUGUUAAAUAUGGCUUAUAAAUAGAUGCUCAGUUAAAAGUACUGAAAUUCGGGGUUACAUAAAGAACUCGAGUAAAACAAUCUGCUAUAUACGUUUAUGAUGAUAUUUGUAAUGUUUGCGGAUUACCUCAUGGUUUCCCAAUCUUUUUUAAUUUGAUAUUGAAAUACAUUUGUUGAGAAGACAAGGCCAUAGGAAGGACAUUUUUUCACCUGAGUGGCCUAUCUACAAACGAUCUGGCGAUUGUAUUUUGUGUAUAUACAACAACCUGAAACGAAACAAAAAUGAAGAUAAAGUUUACGUUUGUAUGCUUGUUCCUUAUCAUUCUACACGUCUCUGCAAAAGAACCAAUAGAGUCAAAGGAUGACAGGAAGCUGACUACAGAUGAGAAUGAAGUUUCACGGCGUAGGGGAGUUGCGAUGAAAUGGGGAAUGUUUUAUCCUGAUAAAAUGACUGAGACCGAUCACAUGAUCUUUCUGGUUGUAUUUGGUACAUGCACCAUUGGCAUGUUGAUAAUAAUAGCUUUUUGUGUAUUCGCUAUGUUAUAUGCAUGUAUAGCGGUGUGCUGUUAUUACAGACGUCAAAGAGGACGGAGUGCAUCACAUGUUAUAACAACACAACAAAUCCUAUCACCGACAGCAGGUGAAACUGACCAACUAUUGAAUGGACAGAAGAAACAUGUAAAUUUUCAUAGAACUAUUGAUGGAACAUUGUCCAACAUUGCGAUGGAUAAACUAUCUGAGAUGAUGAAAUCAGUCGGUCUAUUAUAUUGGAAUAACGCACCAAGGGGGACGGUGAUCAGAAUUGGGUCAAAUUUUAUUUUGACUGCAUGGCACGUUAUUCAACCAAUUGUUUCAACCCCCGGGCGGAUCGAUAACAAUGGUAGGCCUCAAAAUAGCAUGAACUUAGAAAAUUUAAAAAAGAAAGACGUUGUUAACGUUGGCUUUAAUAAAGAUGCUAAAAACAAAGAGCAUGACUGUCGAUCUGGAUUGUUACCAAAAAUAUGCUUUCUUGACAGAGCUAAGGAUGCUUGUAUUCUGGAAUUGGAUUGUGAUAGCAGCCUCGUUCCUGCACCAUUCAAAGAUUUCAGGGACUUUCGACAAAUGUGGGAGGGGACACCCCAAAGCAAAUUCGUACAUGUCAUAGGACAACAUCCAACCACAAUGAUUGUUGUUAUAGACCCCGGUUGCAAAAUAAUAUCAAAAGAAGAUAAAAAGGUUAAAAAAAUUAAAAAAUGGCUCAAGGCAAAUAAAAGUAAGCUUGUCAGAAACGGACACAAUAAAUAUGAUGUUGAAGAAUGUUACGAGUAUUAUUAUGACAGUGAUGACUAUUUGCUGCUUGACACAUAUUUAGAAUUCGGAGCAAGUGGAGGCGCUGUAGUGUCAUUUACACCUGACGGAGACAUUGCUUUAGUUGGGGUUCUGCUACAAGGUAUUCCAUCUUGGUACUGGAAUAAAGAAGGUAUCGAACAUGGCUAUUCGAGUAAGGUUCGAAUUGAGGUUGCAUGCCCAAUAUCAAACAUUCUAAGUUCAAAGGAAUGGAAUGAUUCAGAAAAACGAAGAAUAAUUGAACAAGAUGACACUUCCAUAAAAAUCGAAGAAGAUAUGGAAACAGAUGAUGGAGACAAAAAUGCAGUCGAUAAAAGGCUUGCAUCUUUAACUCUAGAUGAUUGAGCUCCAACAAAUAUGAGGACUCGUUUGCUUGAUUUAAGAAAUGUGUUGCAAUGCAUUAUUUACAAUAAUUUUUUUGUCUUUAAUCAUAAACGUACAAGUUAAUGAACUUGAUUACAUCCAUCUUUCAUUAAUUCCAUUGCAGUUUACUUUUAUCAUAUUGUGGUCGGUAUACAGUUAAAUUGCAUGCAGAUAGAUUUAUUUUUUUUUGUAUAGAUUAUUGUAAACAUUUCGUCAUUCAGAUAAAUUUUAUCCUAAAGUUGUGAAUCACAGGAUGUUCUAGUAAUUAGAAUUCAUUUUCACAACUAUGUUUUCAAAAACAUUUUCAGGGUCUUUUGAUUCCGUCAUGUGAGAAAGCUAUUCAGCAAGCAUUUUGAGGAUCGAUGGUACUACUCAGGCGUCAGCUUUUAUCCUGGAAUAAUACAUAAAAGGAUACCAGUAAAGCAGAGUCAUAUGACCUUUUUAGUGUCGGUAUACUUGGAAUAGAACAACAACAAUUUUUUUAAUGUUAUUUUCCAUUGGUGUUAGAGCUGUGUUUUACAUAAUUCAUUGCAUUGUAAAUUUAUGACACAUUUCUUAAUAAAGACAUUUCAUUGCA